AUGAAGCGAUGUGAUUGCACGAGGGAGCAGACACAGCAAGCAUCAGAAUGAAGAGGCGGAGGUAAACCGGUGCCCCCAAACCAGUUAAGACUUCACGUUGUCUCCUUGCAAGCCAGCAGAUGGCUUCUAGGUCAAUGAAGAUGCCCGAUGACUUCAAUAUAUUUUAUCUUCUCAAGGAUGCCCUUUCCUUGGAGAGAUCAGACGAGCCCAUGGAUGAGUCCCGGGAGGAGACCAACCCACAGUACCAAGGGCUGACCGGCCUGCGCAAUGUCGGCAACACCUGCUACAUGAACGCUGUGAUCCAGUGCCUCAGCAGCGUUUCCCCCUUGGUGGAGUAUUUCCUCUCUGGCAAGUAUAUAACAUCAUUGGACAAGUAAGUGAACUGGAUUG